AGCCCCGCGAAAUUAUGUAGAGUCAUCUUCCUAGAAAAUAGACCUCUCUCUGAUCGUCCACUUCUGCUCUACUCUGCACAGUAGACACCAAUAUGGACCUCCCAAAAGGCCUCGUGACCACAUUCCCCAGAAUCCCCUCCCACCUCGAAGAUCCCAAUGUGAUAGACGCCCUUGAUAUCGCACGGUUAUGGAAAGUCUAUCACACAAACCCCGCAGUCCACAAUAACGACUCAGGUCACCGCCUGGAGAACUUUUUCUGGAGAGUCUGGGGCAACGAACGUUUGCGGUGUUCGUUGCAGGGAGAGACGCUGGCCACGCUGUUUGUCAAUAUUGCUGAGUCCCAGGCGCGGAAAUUCUCGUCUUCUUCUAUUGUGAAGUUAAAGCCGUUGGGAAAUAUGUCCAGCGAAGUUACAAUCUCCGAUGUCAGCGCCCAACUCCCGCCAACACCACCAACAGAGGAAAAUGAGUCCGACAAUGUAACAAGAAAUUCAAAUGGAAGAUCCAACUCAGAUCCAAUUCCAAAUGCAAAUGCAAAUAUACGAGAUCCCCUCCCACCUAUUCUCAAAAAGCCAAAAUCGUUAAACGGCAACGGAUCUCCUCAGAAAAAGGCACGGUUGCUUCUCACCGGCAUUGGUGGCCAGCAUGUCACCCGCAAGCCAUCUAACCCGUUGACACCAAUUUCUCCUCCGCCGUUUGCUGCCGUUUCGAAGGAAGGGCAAAAUAGCACUACAGCAACAACCACAACAACUGAUAAUAAUACUGCUACUGAUACUAAUACCACCACCAACACGACUGCCGCGACUACCAGAGGCCAGUACCAGUCUCAGAAAAGACCACAUUUCGUCGCGAGCAAAACAAACAAGCGCAGACCCGUUCUUGGGCGGCGCAGGACUUCGCAGACUGCCGUUCCGAGAUAUGAGGCGAAAGGUGAUUAUUUUGCACAGGGGAAUGCAAGUACACAUACCAAUACAAGCACGUGCAUGAACACCACCACGAAUACGAACACGAACACGAGGACGACUGUUGGUUUCAGUCGGGAUCAUGAUGAUAGUGACUUGAAGGAGCAGAAGCCAGCUAGCCCGGCUGGUGAGGAAGAGGUAAAAUAUUGCGAAAAGACGACACAAAAAGAGUCCUCGGAUUCGGAAUCUCCUGUUCCUCCUGACCAGAAGAACCAGCAAAGCAAGCAAAACGAGCGCACAGAAAGCCCUAAUGAACCGCAACCGUCAAACGGUAAAUACGCCAGCCCAGAUGAUCCCAACCUCAAAAACCUCCCCCCAAACCUUGUCUCCAACCUCAAACUCCUCCUCACCCAACAAAAACCAACCACCAACGCCGCUGCCACUAAACCCAACAACCCCAAAACACGCCCAAAACAAAUCCCAUACCCCAGCACCACCACCAACGCCACCACUAACCGUCUCAACAAUCACGAACGCGAGCACCUCCGCCGCCUAAAAUCAACAACCUACAUCCACCAGCUCCAGCUCCAGCUCCAACAGCACCAACAACCAGCAAAGCUCGUCGACGAUCAUUUCCGCGUGCGCUUUGUGGAGGAACUUCAGCGGGAAGAAAAGUUUUUGAAUGCGGUGAAUUCAUUACCGGAGGAGGAGAGGAGUGCGGUUUUGGAGGGGCAUAGUGGGCGUUCAAAGGCUCCGAGACUUCCGAGGACGUCGUGGGUUGAGGUUACUGGCGGUGUGGAUGCGGGUGUUAAACGAGAGGGGAGUGUUGAGACGAUAGGGACGAUUCAGCAGGAACGUUCAGAAGCUGACACAAACGAUCAUGAUGACGGAUGGUCAUUUACAGGUGAAGAUGGCGGUGGGUGGACAGCUGAUGAUGCGCAGGAUAACUACCCUGAUACGCAGGUGGAUGCUGUUCCGUUCAAGUUCGAAGGCAUGUCUUAUACUUCAUCCUGGCGGGCGGCAUGUCGACUACAGGUUCCAGGGCAGUUGACGGUUAUGCUUCGUGCUGAGCAGUACGGGUAUCGAGGGGAUACAGGAGUAGUGGAUAGAUCAUAUUAAUGAAUGCAUUGGUCUUGAUAACUUAGGGUCCAGCCCGACAUCCUCGUCCAUGUAGAAAACACCACCAAAUAAAAUACAACCCGAGUGUCCAUCAAAUAAGAUACAGACCCAUUACGUUCCCAAUCUCUUUCCAACCCCAAAUUCCAUCUCAUCAUCAUGCAUGAAGUCCCCACAUAUCCGAACAAGCAAAUCACUCAUCACCCCCCUUCUCAACAUCCCCAUUCCCACUUGUAUCGGAACCACCAGCCCUAGCCUUCCACCACCUCACUCCAAACCAAACCAUACU